AUGGGCGCCAGCCAAUCGGUGCGCGCGACAGCGUUCCAGCGACCUAAAGCGACUUCCACGACUUCAUUCCCUGAAGAAGAACCUGACGACCAUCACAUCAGUAUUUCUAAUAAAAUGGUCGAAAGAUUAGUAGAAGAUGCAACGCUGGCCGGUGGAGCAGCCGCCGCGACAGCACAGCCCACAUCACGCGGAGACUACAGAGACAAGAUCUUUAUUGAAAAAUUAAAGUGUAUGGACGAUACCCAUUCAGAGUUGACUGGAAUAACAGUAGAGGAUCUGAACGCUUUAGCGGCUCGGAUAGACAUCCGCACUUCAAACAUGGCGAGCAUGGAGCCAGUCUGCGCGGACUGCAAGGAGCGCGUCAUUGAGUGCUACGACGCAUCUAGGAGGGGUUCCGAUAUUAUCAAGUGUUGGGAGACUGUGGGAGCAUUUACAAAGUGCGUGCAGGAAACAGCGUUGUCGCGCCUGCGUGCCCGUACGAUGCGCGAGGCGCGCGACCGGGCGCGCCGCACGCGACACGUGGCGCGCGCGCGGGAACACGCACUGCGCGACCUCGCCACCACCUGA